AUGGAUGACUGUAUCUCAUUCAGAUGUAUGCCUCGAUUGAUUUUAACAUGUUUAUUCUUUUACAUUGUUAAUGGUCAGACGUACACUGAUAUGAACACUUUAUAUACCGAUAUCUUCACAAGUCUUCAAAAAUCAUUUCUUCCAAAUGCUGAUUUUUCAACAGCUUUGAAUGUAACAUUGAAAUUGUACUUGGUGGCAAUUGUUCGAUUUGAUGAAGUGGACAAAACUGUGGACGUUUCGACUGGAAUUCAACUUACAUGGGCUGAUGCAGGACUUAGUUGGAAUCCUUCUUCAUAUGGCAAUGCUGAAUUUAUCAUCGUGCGUCACACCGAUGUUUGGACACCGAAGAUUGUUUUAGUAAAUUCCGUUGAAACAUACGAAUCAGUCGGAAAAAAUUAUGAUGUACUUGUAACAAUUUAUUACAAUGGCACGGUUGUCAUUGCUAAUGGCGAUGUUAUGUCUGCAACAUGUACAGCUAAUGUCUACAAGUUUCCAUUUGAUUCACAAACAUGUGAUCUAAAUUUUGUUGUAUGGGGGAUUUCAGCAACUAACAUAAACUUGAUAGCAGAUUCUAACCCGGUUGACCUAUCUUUCUACAGACCAAACUCCGAUUGGUCGUUGGAAUCAUAUACAGGUGAAAGUAUAAUUUGGAAUGGAUAUUCUAAUUUUAAAAUGACUUUUACAGUAAAACGAGCACCUUUAUAUUACAACAUUGUAGUUGCUUGUCCUACUCUAUUCUUUAGUUUACUGAAUCCACUGGUGUUUCUAUUUCCGAUAGAUUCUGGAGACCGAAUAGGAUUAUCAACGACAAUUUUACUAUCAUAUGCAAUAUUUCUGACCAUGGUCCGAUUGGCUGUACCGGCAACAUCUAAUCCAAUGAUGCUUUUAUUAGUCAUGAUGAUAGUGACUAUAAUCUACAGUGGAAUCAUUGUUGCCGUAACUAUUUUUACAUCGUCACUUUAUCAUAGAGAUCCAAAACCAAAAAAAUAA